AGUACAGUACAAUACAGCGUACAGUACAGUGCUGUUUACAUUUCAAUAUUAAGGAUUCAAUGCCUUUUUUAAAUUCCAAACAUUAUAUCACGGAUUUGCUUCCAUAAGUGGGCCGCAAAGUGGAAAAGGUCGGGAAUGGCUGGUCUACACCAUAUCCACCUCAACUGUGGUUUAGCUUUUCCACAAGCUCGCGCUGGACACUUUCUCAACACGAGCCACAAAAGUGUCAUGUUGCGCCUUGAGCCUGCUAAAUGUUUCAUGCUCCCUGGCUCGUGAAAGUACUUUGUACCACUCACAUUAGUCACAAACUCGUUCUGAAGUGCGGCUGUUUGGGUGAGCUGGUGAAUAACGGGUCGCUGUGCUGGUGUGGUGUCACGUAGCUGAGACAUGACAGUGCACGGGGUUAUCCUGAGGUCUCCGGCGGAUAUUGAAGUGUGUGUGUGUAUAUAUAGCAAGUGAAGAUGUUACCGACCAACCACUUUUAGUGCAGCUCUCUGUUAAGUACUGACUGAGGUUGCCUGACACCUCGUCUCCAUGAAUAGACAACGCUGACAACGUCGUUGCUCUUCGAGUUUGAGGGGUGACAAGACUCCGGUGAUAAGACUUUAUGUAGAGCACGCCGCCUUUGGCGGGCCUGCGGCAGAUCCUACUGAUAUAGAAAACAAAGUUCAGUGUAGCCAACACACUGUGGAAGAAACAUACACAAACUCAAGUCAUGCUCCAUUUCCAAAUCAGUUACAGCGACGCGAGACGCUCGAGAGGGAAGCACCUGAGGAAUUUGCAGAGCCGCGCGCCGGAGUCAAUUUGCCCCGUGAGCAGCGCUGGGCGCGCGCUCUUCUGUCGGUUCACAGUCCUAAAAACCAGCGCAUGAAUCAAUAUCCUUUCUUUGAUCGGUGGGAAGGGUAGAGUCAAGCACGACCGGGUAGUGAGCGGGCAGGCAGUGAUAGUCACGGGGAAAGAACCGAUCAUGCUCGCUAAUAGCGAUUAGAUGAGUCUAACACGUGCAGUCAUAUCUAGCUGGCUGGGCUCCAAAAUUAAUACCGGAUUACGCACUGACCGGAGUGGAUUCACUUACAAAUAUACAGAUCCAGCACCGAAGUUUCUUUCCGCUCCCGGCAAUCAGCUGCUGGGUAACUGGUUAAAAUGAGGUUGAAAUGUUUAUUUUUACUCCUCUCCCUUGGAGCUUUUACCGCCUAUUACAUUUACGAGCCCAUCCCGGAAGACAUCGAGGAGCGCUGGAAACUCAUGCUGACCAACUGUUUGUUCAGAAGCCUCAGUCACCUGGCAGACUUCAGUGAGCUGCUGGGGGUAAAGGACUACAUGGGGGUGAUGUACUUCAUCACCUUUGCAGAGCGGGUGGUGCCUGUGUCUGAUGCCCGCGUGCGUGUGACGGAGGAGCGCUUUGAGGGGGUGGAGGUGGUGGUGUACCAACCCCACCAGCAGCCCCCCCAGCAGCCCCACCAGCAGCCCCAGGACGGGAACCUGAGGCCGGCCAUCAUCUACCUUCACGGGGGGGGCUGGUGUCUGGGGAGCUCGCGGAUGAGUCCUUAUGAUCUGCUGGCCAGGGACAUGGUGACAGAGCUGGGCGCUGUGGUUCUGUCUGUGGAGUACCGCCUGGCCCCUGCCCACCACUUCCCUGUCCCGUAUGAAGAUGUGUACCGGGUGGUGAGGUACGUGCUGCGCAGCGACGUGUUAGCUCGCUACGCCGUACACCCAGGGCGCGUGGCCGUGGCGGGGGACAGUGCUGGGGGAAACCUGGCCGCAGCCGUCUCACAACAGUUACAGCAGGAUCCAGACCAGUCGGUGCAGUUGAAGGUCCAGGCUCUGCUGUACCCUGUUCUCCAGGCCCUGGACCUGAACACACCGUCCUACCAGCAGAACCAGAACAUGCCCAUUCUGCCCCGCACCCUCAUGGUCCGCUUCUGGGCCGAGUACUUCUCCAGCGACCCCGCCCUCCUCCGCUCCAUGAUGACCAACACCCACAACAGCCCCCAGUCUGCACCCCUGCUCAAGUUCGUCAACUGGAGCUCCUUCCUGCCCGAGCCCUUCCACAGGAAGUACAACUACUCCGCCCCGCGGGUGGGAGGGGGCGGGGGGGAGGCGUCCCGCUGGCUGGCUGACCCCCGAGCCUCCCCCCUACUGGUCCCCGACGCGGCGCUGCACUCGCUGCCUAAGGCCUACGUCCUGACGUGCGAGUACGACGUGCUCCGUGACGACGGAGUCAUGUAUGUGACGCGUCUGCGGGCGGCGGGGGUGGAGGUGACACACCAGCACUACCUUCACGGCUUCCAUGGAGCUCUGAUGUUCAGCGUGUGGCCCACUGACUUCAGCAUCGCACGGCGCAUGACGGACAACUACAUCCGCUGGCUGAGGGAGAACUUGUAGGAAAGAGAACAAGGUUCGAGGUGGAGAGAUGGAGGGUUAGAAGAAAUGUAGAUUGAGGGAUCUUCAGCUGUCGAUGAAACAGAACAAAAGAAAGGGUUUGUUUCCAUGUUCAUUCCUGUUUCUCCUUGCAGCACGUUCACUGCUGUGUAGGUAAGGAAAUAUUUAUCCUCCGUUUGGUCACGUUGUUUUUCUUCUGUGUGUUUUGUUUGGAUGAGUUUUUGUACAUAAGAUGCUAAAAGGGCACAUUGUGAAGAGGCUUUCCUACUAUGUUGCAACAGAUCCCAAGCCCCACCCAGCAGAACCCAGCCUGGCUGUGGUUUAGGGGCGUAACUCAGAUCGAACGGUGUUUAAUCCAGAUUCACUGAUUGCUGUCAUCGUGUGAGCCUGGGUCUUAGUCAUAACGUAACGCAUGAUUAAGUUGUCUGGUCAAAAGCAUUUGUUUUUUCUUUAAGGAAACUAUUCUGGAACAUGAAGUUGUGAUAUCUUCCAGUAGUGGAAUCUUCACACCAAGGUUACAGUCAGUCAGUUCUGCAUAAGGCAUAUUGUGGACCAGUAGAGUUAGGGACUGUGUGUGUGUGUGUGUGUGUGUGUGUGUGUGUGUGUGUGUGUCCUACUGUGUGGGGGUGAAGUGUGUGAUUGAGUGUGCUCCCAGUACAGUACAAAGGCCACUGUUCAUGUCUCCCCUUCCCUCUCCUCCUUCUGUCCUCUCUCCCUUUCCUCUCCUCCUUCUCUCCUCACCCUCCCUCUCAUC